CAUCAGUCAUCACGUGUUUACACUUUAUAUUUAAAAGUUUCGGAAUUUGUCGGAUUUUGCGCUUGGUAGAACUAAUUAGUUAUUUUAUUUGUAAAAACAAUGACGUCGGUUCAUAAAGGACCAUUGAAAAAAGUUCAGUCCUCUAUAAUAAAAGGGCCGGACAAUCGAGAAGUCCGUAAAGUGACAGUACCGUCUCAUCGUUUCACUCCACUUAAAGAAAACUGGUUGAAAAUAUAUACACCAAUUGUAGAACAUCUCAAGUUAGAUGUCAGGUUCAACAUUAAAUCGAAAAACGUGGAGAUAAGAAAUCCUUCGCCAACUGAUGCAAUAGGUUCACAACAUUUACAAAAGGCUGCAGACUUCGUUCGAGCAUUUGUGUAUGGAUUCGAUGUUGAAGAUGCAUUGGCACUGAUACGACUGGAUAAUCUUUUUGUUGAAUCUUUCGAAGUAAAAGACGUUAAAACAUUAAAAGGUGAUCAUUUAUCACGAGCAAUUGGGCGGCUAGCUGGAAAAGGAGGACGUACAAAGUUUACCAUAGAAAAUGUUACUAAAACUAGAAUUGUCUUAGCAGAUACAAAAAUACACAUUUUAGGUUCAUUCCAAAAUAUACAAGUAGCCAUGAGAGCUAUAUGUAAUCUCAUUCUUGGAUCGCCACCUUCCAAAGUUUAUGGACAACUGCAACAACUCUCUAAGAGUAAAGUUUUGUAAAUAUGUAUAAUUUAUGUAAGCAACUAAAAUUAAAAAUAAAUAAAACAACAAUGUUGAAAUUACAAAAA